GAGUACUUCAUUUAAAAUCUUGAUAAAGUUCAGUUUGUCAAAUACAAAAUAUUGCCAAUUGAAUUGAGUAUCAAAUAAUUCAAACAUUUCAAUACAUUCUCUUUUAGAUAGUAAAGGACAGAUAUUAGACGUUGGCUCAAUCAAGUUUUUAGGCUCUUUGGUAUUGGAUUUUGUUAUAUCUUGAUCAAACUUGGUUGAUCCAAUGAUAUUCCUAAAAAUGAUUUGAGUUUCAUGGAGCACAGCAUUUGCCCCGCCGUAGCCACUUUCCUUCUCUUUUCUGGAGGUAUUAUCCUCGAACGUUUUGGACGUUUGGAUUUAUCCAUUUUUCACCAAUUUUAUUCCCCCAGAAGCGAAGUCUCUAUUUACUUAAAGAAAAAAAGUCAGAUCAAGGAGUUGGAGCCCAAGGUGACAUCCAAAGGAUACAAGGUGGAGAGCCAGGGAAGCUCUAAUUUGGCCAAGGGAAUGCCCCAUCCCUAUCCCUUACCAAGGUUCAACAGCAAAGAGGAAGAGAUUCAACAACAGAAAGAACAUAUGGCUUGUGCUUUCAGGAUCUUUGGUAGAUUAGGUUUUGCCGAAGGGGUUGGGCUUGCAGGCCAUUUUACUUUGCGGGACGGGAAUACCUUUUGGAUCAAUCCGUUGGGGAAACAUUUUUCAUUAAUGAAGGUUAGCGAUUUUGUUCAUGUUGAUGAAGAAGGGAAUAUCUUACCGGACGGGAACCAGGCCGCCAUAAAUAAUGCAGGAUUUUCUAUUCACUCGGCCAUUCAUAAGGCUAGGCCUGACGUCAAUGCCGCUUGUCAUUUCCAUUCACCUUAUGGUAAAUCAUAUAGUGCAUUAGGUUUGCCAUUAGAUAUGAUAAAUCAAGAUGUAUGUAUUUUCUAUAAAAAUCACUCCGUUUUCACUGAUUUCGGUGGGGUUGCAUUUGAUCCAAAUGAAGGUAUUGCCAUUGCCGAAUCUAUUGGUAAUGGCAAAGGUGCUAUUUUACAGAACCAUGGGAUAAUAACCGUUGGUAAAACAGUUGACGAAACUGCUUUUCUCUAUAUGUUGAUGGAAAAUAGCUGUCGUUGUCAAAUCUUGGCUAACUCAGCUUUAAAACCGGGUGAUUCGUUGAAAAUCAUCAAAGACGACGUGGCUGCAUAUACCGAAGAAAUGACUGGCGACCCCGAAACUUUGUAUGGAGAAUUUCAACCCGACUACGAAUUGGAGUUGAUGCGCUCAAAUGGGGAUUUCUUAAAGUAAUUUAAUGUUUCUUGUACUUGUUUUAAUUAUAAAUAAACAUCCGUAUCGUCUCG